UAUUUCUUAAUCCAAGGUGUGCAUUGCAUAUGUCUCUUGUUUUACCAUGUCAGGAACACUGAAGUUCCCUAAUUGCUGCAUCUCAGGACUUCUGUGGCUGUCAUGACAGUUCCACAGUGUUUUUGGCCAAAUAAGCAAAGCAGGCCACACGUUGAUAUGAUUUCUACAAUGGUUAGGAAGGAGGUGAUGGAGGAGGGAAUUAAUGAUGUCUCCUUUGUUACUGGUGACUCAUUCUUUGUUAGCCAGCCUGUUAAGCUGCUCUUCCCCCAACAGCUGAUGGAUCCUGCUGGCUUCAUAUCAACCCUACAGAUAACUUCGGCUGCUAUGACCAGCUGCUUUACUUGAAGACCUAGUCAUUUCUUUGAAUAGGGAAUUGGCGUGUGUGGUUGACACAAUAACACCGAUGUAAAACUGACAGCUGAAAAAAGGGUGCCUAGAAGCAUGAAGUCAAUUAAAAGCGAAGGAUAAGAAGCUCAGCUGAAAGUUUUAUUAUUAUUUAUUACCAGAUUUAUACCAAUCCCUUCUGAUGCCUUUACAUUGCUCAGGGCAACUAACAGCAAACCAAUAAAAACACAAAAUCAUCCUAAAAGCUAACAACAUGCAGUUAUUGCAUGCUCUAAAUUGUACCUUUAUUUAGCCUUUUUCCGUGGUUCGGAACAUAAUAUUGAUGCUUUUUUCAUUCUACUGGAUGUGCUUGUAUUGGAGCAGAAGUUAAAAUGUGGCUCAUCUGUAUUGCUUGCUGAUAUUCUUGCUAAGAAUAUAGGAUGAGCUUAUUUACGUUCUUAAGCAGGAGUGCCUUCAAGAUUGCCGAACAGAGAUUACUUAUAUGUUAAUUAUUUAGAGAUCCCAAGUUUCAGAAAGGAAGAAGAUGCCCAGUAAUGCUGUUCUCUUGGAAUCCAAAUCCUCACCCAUCAACCUUCUAAAUGAAAUGCAGCAACUGCGUCUCCUAGGACACCUUUGUGAUGUGACUGUCAGCGUGGAAUAUCAAGGGGUCAAGGCAGACUUUGUUGCUCACAAAGCUGUCCUGGCAGCAACCAGCAAGUUUUUUAAAGAGGUGUUUCUCAAUGAAAAGUGCAUGGACGGACUAAGGACAAAUGUACUAUUGAACGAGGUCCAGGUAGUGGACUUUGCAUCUUUUCUUGAGUUUGUAUAUACUGCCAGGGUAGAGGUAGAAGAAGACCGGGUUCAACGCAUGCUGGAAAUGGCCGAGAAGCUAAAGUGCUUGGACUUGUCGGAAACCUGCUUUCAGCUCAAGAAGCAGAUGCUCGAAUCGGUGUUGUUGGAGUUGCAGAAUUUUUCCGAGUCACAGGAUGCGGCGGAGGACAGCGGUUCCCAGCCAGGCAACUUGCUUGAGCCGAGGGCAGUCGCGGAGACGCCGGGGGACAACACGGACCGUGUUGCGGAUUCUCCUCUCGGCAGACCCAGGGACGGCGAGGGCCUUGAGGCUCCCGCCGCUAAAUUAAAGGAGAAGUUAGACAAGAGGAAAGAAGCCGUGAAGACGUCCUGCGCCAAGAUCAGGAGAGCCAGCGGAAGACUUGCUGGCCGGAAGGUGUUUGUGGAGAUCCCCAAGAAAAAGUACACGAGGCGCCUUCGAGAGCAACAAAAGUAUGCGGAGGCUGUGGCCGAGGAGAGUCGGCUCUCCAAAGACCACGGCAUCCAUAAGGAAGGGGAGGAGAAGAAAGAUGAAGAAGAAGAGGAGAAAGGACAAGUGGUGAGCGUCGUGAAAUCUGAAAGCAAAGGGUGCGAUGGCACCGACGACCUGGAGGAAAACCUGACUAAACUGGAGGACGAUAAAAAGAACCGUGGCGGCAACUUUACCUGCAGCACCUGCGAGAGAGAGUUCCUGUAUGAGAAGAGCUUUCUGAAGCACAUCAGGCACAGCCAUGGGAUCGCGGCCGAAGUCAUUUACCGUUGCGAAACCUGCAGCCAGACUUUUGCCAACCGGUGCAACCUCAAAAGCCACGAGCGCCACGUCCACAGCAGCGAGCGCCACUUCCCUUGCGAGCUCUGUGGUAAGAAGUUCAAGAGGAAGAAGGACGUCAAGAGGCACAUUCUGCAGGUUCAUGAGGGUGGUGGGGAGCGUCAUCACUGCCUACAAUGUGGAAAGGGUUUGAGCUCCAAAACGGCCUUGCGGCUUCAUGAAAGGACACAUACAGGCGACAAGCCUUAUGGGUGCACAGAGUGUGAGGCUAAGUUUUCUCAGCCUUCGGCACUUAAAACACACAUGAGAAUCCAUACUGGUGAAAAGCCUUUCGUUUGUGGCGAUUGUGGAGCAAAAUUCACACAGAAUCACAUGCUGAUCUAUCAUAAAAGAUGCCACACAGGGGAACGACCUUUCAUGUGUGAAACGUGUGGGAAGAGCUUUGCCUCUAAGGAGUAUCUGAAACACCACAACCGAAUCCACACGGGGUCCAAGCCAUUUAAAUGCGAAGUUUGCUUCCGAACAUUUGCACAGAGGAAUUCACUGUAUCAGCACAUAAAAGUUCAUACAGGUGAGCGUCCCUACUGUUGUGAUCAGUGUGGCAAACAGUUCACCCAGCUCAAUGCCCUGCAACGCCAUCAUCGGAUUCACACAGGGGAGAAACCGUUCAUGUGCAACGCUUGUGGCCGGACAUUUACCGACAAAUCUACUCUUCGGCGGCACACCUCUAUUCAUGAUAAAAACACACCUUGGAAGUCUUUCCUUGUGGUUGUUGAAGGAGCGUCUAAGAAGGAUGAGGAUCAUAAAACAGAGGCAGACUAUAACGUGGCUCGUUCCAAAAUAUCCGAGAAGCUGCUGUCGUUCUCUGAAAAUGGGCACUAUCAGGGUCUGACGGCUAUCCAAGGAAAUCUGACUGCGCUGCAUGAAAAUGGAACGUCCGCAGUGACAGACUGCAAAUCAAAGGGCGCUGCAGGGUCUCCGGAAACCACCGUAGCUACAACUUUGCAUGAUCUCACAGUGUUGCACACCCAGACUGACUCAUUCCAGCCUCCACUUUACACCUUGGUGACUAUAGAAUAGCACUUGCUACAAAGGAGGAAACUCCAGCUGGGGAUAAUCUCUGAAAUACUGUAGUACACAGUAUCCAUGAUCCAUGUAAAGAAGAAAGGGUUACUAUGGAUGAUCUUAAUAUCCUGGAUUCUCUCAAAACCAUUACUUCUCAAGUUGUCUUUCAACUGAAGGAUUCUCUCUCAUCCCGUUUGUUAAAGAGAAAAUUAUUCUCUCUUUCGUAUGCUGUCUCUGUAAUUUUGAAGUAGAUUUCAGAUUACAGAGUCAGUGCAAAAAAGUGAAGUUUUAAUCCAGAUUUUUCCUUUCCUUCAGCAGAAUGGUUUCUUUGGAGUGAUUGUUUUCCCUCUGAAAGGAGACUCGUUCUGUGCUGGUGUUGUUUAAAAUCUCUUAAUCGACACUGAUUUUACAUUGUAUGGAAACGAACGUGAGAUCGUGUAGCGCAAUCUCUCUGGGCCCAAUAUGAAAUGCAGUUUUAAUAAA